CUUUUUUUUUUUUACUGCCAAUGACGCAUAAACGGAAUUGCGACAGUGACGUUGCGGUUACUUAGACUGAACUACAUCCCUCAGAAACAAUCACGAAUGUCAGUCGUGAGAAUACAUUUGCAAACGACAGUAUGCGUUCCUUCGCCGCGACUUUGUUUUUGGCCCUUGUGGCCUACUGUAGUGGGAAUUCUUAUAAGAUGGGCUCAUGCCCUAGAGUAGUAGUAAUGAAGUCUUUGGAUUUUGACCAGUUCACAGGAAACUGGUAUGUCGUUCAAAGGUUCAACCCAAUGGCCACUUGCACUAAAAUCUCCAUUGAAAAAGAUGCAGAAGAUCAGGUCAUGGUUAAUGAAACCAGUCGACCUUUUGGGCUAAAUUUCGGAUAUCAUACACAGUACUUGAAACCUAGAAAGUUAAAUUUUCUGAGAAAUGAUACACAAAGCAUUUUUAGACUGGAGAGGAAUUUAGUUCACUUCACGCUGAGUACGUUCGGCGUAGUCAACACAGACUACGAAAGUUUCGCAGUCAUCUGGGGAUGUGACCCAGUUCUCUUCGGGAGCAUCCAGAACAUAGACGUCUGGUCACGAGAGCCUAAAGUCAACUCAGAGUUCCUCACCAAAGUUAGAGACAUCAUCAAAGACAUGAAAGUGGAUUUCCAUCCCUUGGAUAAUGUCGACCAAUCCAGAUGCGAGUCCAGCUCUUCAGAAACGGAAAAUGCGGACCGAAACACCAACAACAUUGUCGCAGAUGCACCUUAGAUGUACCAAAAGUGUGGUACUUAGAGAUGCAUUUAUAUGUAUUGUGGAGAUACUGAUUCUGUAAUCGUACUGCAGCAGAGCUGUUAAACAACUAUUAAACGAGCUGAUGUGUGCAUCACAUGACUUCCUUUAACUCCAAUUUAA